UCGAGUAUCCGGCGAGAGGUAUCGUUUAAAGUGUCAAAGCUGUCGACUUGAGGCUGAUGCAAUUUUGUGCGUAUAUCUACAAGAUUUAAGGUACAUCAGUAAAAUCUUAGUCACAAAGCUAACAAGAUGCCCGCCGACCAGUUGGCUGAGUUAACCUUGGGUUCUAUCUUUACGUCGGAAAAGAAGGGCAGUGAUGAGUCUGGCGAUGGCAGUGAGUCCAAGCCCUUUAAGACCAUUCUGCAGGCGAUGCGUCAUGCGGGCAAGGAGCCCUUUCCCACGAUUUACGUGGACAGCAAGGAUCCGAAUGCAGUGGAGCCCUUUGAGCCGGCUGCCAAGUCCCAGCUGAAAAAAAUUCAGAAACUGUUCGUCAGGGAGUCGCACAAGAAUGCCGAGAAGCAGCAACGCGAGGCGGAGGAUGCGGAAAAGCGCCACCAGAAUCUGGAGGAUGCCCGAAAGGUAAAGAUCUCGGAGGAUCCGAGUCUGCCGUUGGCCCGCAAAAUUCGUAUCGUGGAGGGCACCGCCAACCGCGACUCGCGUGUCAAGAUCUAUGGUUGGGUGCAUCGUCUGCGUCGUCAAGGCAAGUCCCUGAUCUUCAUCACACUUCGCGACGGCACCGGUUUCCUGCAGUGCGUGCUAAACGACCAGCUCUGCCAGACCUACGAUGCGCUCACCCUCAGCACGGAGAGCUCUGUAGUCCUGUUUGGUACCCUGAAACUAGUUCCAGAAGGAAAAACGGCCCCGGGAGGACAUGAACUGAACGUUGACUACUGGGAGUUGAUUGGUCUGGCUCCACCCGGCGGUGCCGAUGCCAUUCUCAACGAGGAAGCGCAACCGGACGUGCAGCUCGAUAACCGGCACAUCAUGAUCCGUGGCGAGAACACCUCGAAAGUGCUCAAGAUGCGAUCCGUUGUGACGCAAGCAUUCCGUGCCCACUACGAGGCACGUGGCUAUAACGAGGUGACGCCCCCAACUCUGGUGCAGACUCAGGUUGAAGGUGGCUCAACGCUCUUCAAGCUUAAGUACUUCGGCGAGGAGGCCUACCUCACGCAGAGCUCGCAGCUAUAUCUGGAGACCUGCCUGCCGGCUUUGGGCGAUGUCUUUACCAUUUCCCAAAGCUAUCGUGCGGAACAGAGUCGUACGCGGCGGCAUUUGGCUGAAUACUCGCACGUGGAAGCCGAGUGUCCGUUCCUUACGUUUGAUGAUCUGCUUGACCGAUUGGAGGAUCUGGUCUGCGACGUGGUGGAUCGUGUUCUGAAGUCCCCCUGGGGGUAUUUGGUCAAGGAGCUUAACCCUGACUUCAAACCUCCUCAGAAGCCAUUCCGUCGCAUGAACUACGAGGAUGCCAUCAAGUGGCUGAAGGAGAACAACGUAACCAAGGACGAUGGCACCUUCUACGAGUUUGGCGAGGAUAUUCCAGAGGCUCCUGAGCGCAAGAUGACCGAUACCAUCAACGAACCCAUUAUGCUGUGCCGUUUCCCGGCGGAAAUCAAGUCCUUCUACAUGCAGCGCUGCAAGGAGGAUCAGCGCUUGACCGAGAGCGUGGACGUUCUGCUGCCAAAUGUGGGCGAGAUUGUGGGUGGAUCGAUGAGGAUCUACGAUAGCGAAGAGCUGCUCAAAGGCUAUGCGCGCGAAGGCAUUGACCCAAAGCCCUACUACUGGUACACGGACCAGCGCGUCUAUGGAACUAUGCCACAUGGCGGCUAUGGUUUGGGUCUGGAACGAUUCCUCUGCUGGCUGCUCAACCGCUACCACAUCCGCGAGGUCUGCCUGUAUCCUCGAUUCCUUGACAGAUGCAGACCCUAGGCAGUGGAGGAGAGGGUAUUCCGUCAGCCAGCAUUUACAGCAGUCAAAAAACUCCUUGCAAUUAUAAAUUUUAGCUUCUGCUAUUGAGAAUGAAAUUUAUUACACUAAUCUGUAUAAUUAUCAAAGAAUAAAGGUUGCGCCUUCACUUCAUACAAUUGAAUAAACUAAACAGCUUUGUUAUACUUUAAAAAAGUAUAUUAAACAAA